UUUCAGAAAAUGUGGACAUGGAGAAUUAAAUUUCAGUCACAACAUUCCAAAUGUGCAGGUACCAAAAGAAUGUAAAAAUAAACAAACCAACCUUCAAUGAGAGUUGAAAACAGGUACUACGUGAACGUUCAAGCUGAUUCAGUUAAAGAGUUGGGGGCCUACCGUGACUUUAUGAUAAAUCAUAACUGUAGAUCAGAAGUCAUCAUGGGUUCUUUUUGGCGAUGUUUGCUCAUGGUGCUCGGCUUCUGCGUGUUUACCAUGCGCGUCUGCCAAAGUGAAGACAAUGUCAGUCGUUCAAGGUUCAAGUUUUUGAUUUACACGAGCGCGGACGAUGGCAGUCACCACAUGCAACUGGCCAGCAUCGCGAAGUCCUUAGUGGGAAGCGGUCACAGUGUCACCUUCUUACUGAGCAGCAGUUGCACUAAGUGGCUCCACGCGGACGACGCGCACUUGUUCCACUUCAUCGUCUACCGCUCGCUCUACACGCAGGAGGACCGCAGGGAAAUCUCCAGGCGGUUCUCCAUCAGCGUGAUGAACGGGGACCUGCGGAGCCUUCUCGGGAUCAUAAAGUUGACACUGCGCGGUCUCAGGGAUCCGCGGCAGCGGAUGCUCCUGGAAUUCCCAAUCAACGAAUGCGACGCUUUGCUGGGCGAUGACGAUGCCGCCCGGCGCAUGGAAGCUGAACGCUUUGACCUACUGAUCGGGGAUGAUUUGACGUUUUGCAUCCCACUCCUGGCGGAAAAACUGGGAAUCGGAUUCGUCCUGUACAGUGCUUCGCCUAUGAAGCCGGCAAAGCUGGGACUCCUCUAUGGAGUCCCAAGUCAGUCUACGUACAUACCAGAACGCCAGCUGGGCUUGAGCAGUGACAUGACGCUACCGCAGCGAGUAGCCAACACCGCUAUGAGCUACCUCUACACGGUGCUCUUCUACGAGCAGGCCUGCCAUUACUCGCCAUUGCAGCGCAAGUACGGCAUUGGCCCGGCAGCUUCAGUCGUGGAGCUGAUCGGCCGCGCCGAGCUCUGGAUUUUCUCAAUGAACUUGGUUCUCGAUUAUCCACGUCCAUUACAACCAAAUCUGAUACUGAUCGCUGUACCGACCAUCGGUGUUCAGGCCGAUCUGAAGUUUGGAUAUUUCCUUCAGGUACCUCCUGACCAGCAGGUGUUUGUGAACAGUGCGGACCAAGAGGGCGUGGUCUUGUUUUCGCUCGGCACCCACAUGAAUGAGAUGCCGGCUGCACAGGCUGACGUAUUCGCGAGGGGUCUGGCCAAGAUUUCUCAAAAGGUGUUGUGGCAUUUCACGGGUAACACAUCACAUCUUGCCCUUGGGAACAACACCAAGGUGGUUCCAUGGAUACCAAUGCGACAUUUCAUGGAACAUCCCAACGUUAAAGCAAUCCUUUGUCACGGUGGCUCUGGCAUCGUACAGGAAGCUGCCUGGUUUGGCCUACCCAUUGUUGGCGUCCCACUGUUUGGCGAUCACUUCGAUAACUUGAUCCGAGCUGUUGACAAGGGCUUCGCAGUCUCGCUGGAUUUGUUCCUGUUGACGGAGGAUAACCUCCAGCAAGCCGUGCAAAAGGUCAUCAAUGAACCAACGUUCCGAGAGAAUGCCAAGAAACUUUCUGAGAUCCUAAGGGACGAGGUGCAACUGCCGGCCGACAAGGCAGCCGGCUGGAUCACCCACGUGGCCAGGUUUGGCGGGAAGCACCUGAGGCCCAGGGUGCUGGACCAGGGAUUGGUGGAGCGCUACCAGCUGGAUGUGUACGCCGUCCUCCUGCUUGGGGGAGCGGUCACGUUAGCGAUCGGAUGGUUAGCGUGCCGCUGUUGCUUCCGCGCCCUACGGUACAGGUGUGGUGAGUGGGGCCAAGCUCGCAAGGUUAAGCUUAAUUAGUCGCGUCGAAGUUGUAGAGUAGCUAGUAUCUAGAAAACAUGCAUUUCCUUAGUUUUGAGACAUGCUUUUUGAAAUUCGUACAAUAUCAUUCCAAAGCGACUAGGACGUUUCAAAAAGGAAGUGCUUGUAGCACUUAUUAUUUAACUAUUUACAAAGCAAGACUACUGCAUUCCAUAUAUACAGGCAUUAAUCACUCUACGCUUAAUCGUACAUAAAAGGCAGUUAUUUGGUCCAAAUUCUUCUGCGUGCAUUGGGGUGUUCCUCAUUCUUUCGGUUUCUUCAUUUUUUUGUACCCAGUUUAAUGUUGGGGUUUCUUUGCCUUAGCCGUGCUCUCUCCUCCAGUCUCGCACCUUCAAUGGUCUUAUUGGUUGUAUUACACGAUAUUGUAAUUGAUCUACCCUUGUUAAUUUGCCUUUUGGGAUCUCUUUGUAGAUACUCAUUUCUUUGUGUGAUUUUCAAUACUAUACUUGUUUGAGAGCUGUUAGUUUGUAUUCAUUUUCCACGCCCCGGCCUGCUCGGCCUGGUACAAAUUUUGGUGGCAGCGGUGGUAUCCUUAUAGCCUGUGUCUUAUUUAAUUAUGGUGGGUUUAUUAUACAUCUUACCACCGACCAGUCAUCGUGUGUGUUUUGUUUUGUUUUCCAACUGAAGGUACAGUUUGUAUGUGUCCAUAACGAUUGGAGUUAUAUGCAGUUACUUUUCUUGCAUGUUGAUAUUUCAGGCCCCUAUUCUGGUAAAGCAAAUGUAGUAUCGUUUAUUUCAGUGUAGGUCCAAUACACUACCCCCCCCGCUUUUUGUUAACAGAUAUAGUCACAUUGACCUAUACCUGGACCAGUAAUUCCCACUUCUUCUUCUCAGCUAGGCUGCUUCCACCCCCUUUCUGUAGGGAGGUAGUCAAGCUGACCUACACCUUGGGAUCAGUAAUUCCCAUUAUUUCCCCUCAAACUAUGCUAUAUUUGUGUAAUCCUGCACUGCUUGCAACACUGAAAAAUAAAAGGAGUAACUCUAUACCGCUGAUGACCAUGUCUCUCGUUCCUUCGCCAAAAUGACGCAAGGCAUGGUGGGAAGCAACAUGGCGUGGCAAGAUCGUACCCACGGGAACGAGGUUGAGUGUUUGGCAACUAGCAAGACCUGUGAAGGGCGAACUCAGUCAUUAGGGGGCGAGAGGAUCUUGAACGCUUCUUAUCGUAAAACUUUUGUGGUGUAAGAUCGGCCGAAAAGUGCAGGAAAGGGUAUCUAACAUAGCAGAAGCAGCAUUCAUGUAGGGGUAAAUACCUUAGCCGAGGGGUGAAGAUUAAUGUUUACCUGUUGGUUUGAGUACCAAAAGUUACAGCGAGACGAGUCUCCAGGCCAUAUUCGCGAGGGUUAUAACUCUGAGCUGGGUCGGAGAAGGCUCGAGAAGGCUGAAAAUGGCCAAAUAUAUCCCGACUGCGAUGGAAAGCUGAUGCCAACCGUGUUUUAGCCGGUUGCAGCGUUUGGCUGCCUCCCCUUUACAGUUUUGAGUGACAACGAAUGACAGGCAGUAUGAUUGGGAUAUCACAUGAUCUUCCUCUCCACUUCGAUAGUGUCUGUGUACAUAACAAUUAGAUCAUUAUCUUUAAAUAUAUAGAGACCUCUACUUGGAAGAGUCAAGUUUGCAGCAACACCAGAACUGUUUGUCCAAAACAGACCGCAACCAGCUACCAGAAUGACAUUGAGAAAUUGAAAGUGGGGUAUAAUGAGGAAUUAUUCAACCGUUCAUUUUGCGAGGAAGCCAUCUGAAAAUUUUAAGAAAUGAAGAUCAUUCUUCCUAAACCAUAUUUCGAACUUUUCAGUCAGUCUUAGUUUUAGGUGUGGUUGGUGUAGUCCAUGGGGAUAGCAAUGACAGUAUUGGGGUCUCAGACUCACCUCGCGACUCAAGCAUGUGGCGUAGAUGACUUCAAACAGAUGUGAGGGCGCUAUACAAAAGAAACCUAGACAGCGUCAUUUGGAGACAGGUUUGAGGGCGUCCUUUCAAGGCCAACGCAGAUUUGAUUUCACGUAGAAAUAAUUUGAACACCCGUUCGCGUUGAUAGAAUGGAGAGGAAACCCAAGGUUAUGAAUGCCAAUGUCCGUAUCUCCUGGCUGUAGUGUAUGAGCAUCGCUAUUUCUCAUGGUAAACCAUUCUUGUUGCUCUUCUCUCAGUGUGUAACCAUUUGCAAUGAUGUAAAUGUGUUCGGAACUGGAAGAUUUUGAAAUUUGUGUGUGUGAGUGUUUUUUUUUUUGGGGGGGGGAUAACUCACCCGGCCCUGGAAAUUUAAAAGGGGGUAAGUGCUGACACCCAUAUGAAAAAGAGAGUGAUGUAUAUCUGAUCUAGAAAAUUUUACCUUCCUGAGGGAUCUUACAUCAAAACAGAGUCUGCAACUUUCACAGUAAAGGUUAUUUUCUCUUUUGAAUGCAGUUGAAUAAACAUUGUACAUGCAUUUAGACUGUUAGAUUA